AUGAGUGUAGAAGAAGUUCAAAAAAAUAGAGCUGCAUCCGUAUUCAAUAGAGAACAAUUAGAAUCCAUCUUGAGAGGUAGAUUCUUCUAUGCUCCUGCUUUCGACUCAUACGGGGGUGUCUCUGGUCUUUAUGAUUAUGGUCCUCCAGGUUGUGCCUUCCAAGCUAAUGUUGUCGAUGCUUGGAGGAAACAUUUCAUCUUAGAGGAAGAUAUGUUGGAAGUCGAUUGUACUAUGUUGACUCCUUAUGAAGUCUUGAAAACUUCGGGUCAUGUUGAUAAGUUUUCUGAUUGGAUGUGUAGAGAUUUGAAAACAGGUGAAAUCUUUAGAGCUGAUCAUUUGGUAGAAGAAGUCCUUGAAGCUCGUUUGAAAGGUGACAAAGAAGCUAGAGGUAUAGUGGAAGAUGCCAAUGCUGAGGUUGAUGCUGAUAAGAAAAAGAGAAAGAAGAAAGUCAAGCAAAUCAAAGCAAUUAAAUUAGAUGAUGAUGUAGUGGAAGAAUAUGAAUCUGUUUUAGCCAAGAUUGAUGGUUACUCUGGUGAACAAUUAGGUGAAUUAAUGGUUAAAUACGAUAUUGGUAACCCAGUUACUGGUGAACCAUUAGAACCACCAAAGGCUUUUAACUUGAUGUUUGAAACUGCCAUUGGUCCAUCCGGUCAAUUAAAGGGUUACUUGAGACCAGAAACUGCUCAAGGUCAAUUCUUAAACUUCAACAAAUUAUUAGAAUUCAACAACAGUAAAACUCCAUUCGCUUCAGCUUCUAUUGGUAAAUCAUUCAGAAAUGAAAUUUCUCCAAGAGCUGGGUUAUUAAGAGUUCGUGAAUUUUUAAUGGCUGAAAUUGAACAUUUCGUCGAUCCCCUAGAUAAGUCUCAUCCAAAAUUCGAUGAAGUUAAAGAUAUUAAAUUAGCUUUCUUACCUCGUGACGUUCAAGAAGCUGGUAAGACUGAACCAAUAGUUACAACUGUCGGUGAAGCUGUCAAUAGUAAAAUGGUUGACAACGAAACUUUAGGUUAUUUCAUUGCUAGAAUUUAUUUAUUCUUAAUUAAAAUCGGUGUUGACAAGACUAAGUUAAGAUUCCGUCAACAUAUGGCUAAUGAGAUGGCUCAUUAUGCUGCUGACUGCUGGGAUGGUGAAUUACAAACUUCUUAUGGUUGGAUUGAAUGUGUUGGUUGUGCUGAUAGAUCUGCUUAUGAUUUGACCGUUCAUUCUAAAAAGACUAAGGAAAAGAUGGUUGUUAGACAAAAAUUAGACACCCCAAUUGAAGUUACCAAAUGGGAAAUUGAUUUGACUAAGAAAUUAUUCGGUCCAAAAUUCAGAAAGGAUGCUCCAAAGGUUGAAGCUUUCUUAUUGAACUUAUCUCAAGAGGAAUUAGAAGCUAAAUCUGAAGAAUUGAAGAGGAACGGUAAGAUCGUUAUUGAAGUUGAAGGUGUUGAAGGUGCUGCAGAAUUAGACGACAAAUUCAUUACUAUUGAGAAGAGAACCAAGGUAGAACACGUUAGAGAAUAUGUUCCAAAUGUCAUUGAACCUUCCUUCGGUAUUGGUCGUAUCAUUUACUCUGUAUUCGAACAUUCAUAUUGGAACAGACCCGAAGAUGCUGCUAGAGGUGUCUUAUCUUUCCCACCAUUAGUUGCCCCAAGUAAAGUUUUGUUGGUUCCAUUAUCUAACCACAAAGAUUUACAACCUGUCACUAAGGAGGUCUCCAAGAUUCUAAGAAAGGAACAAAUUCCAUUCAAAGUCGAUGAUUCAGGUGUUUCCAUCGGUAAGAGAUAUGCUCGUAAUGAUGAAUUAGGUACUCCAUUCGGUGUCACCAUUGAUUUCGAAUCUGUUAGGGAUAAUUCUGUUACCUUGAGAGAAAGAGAUUCUACCAAACAAGUUAGGGGCUCAAUUGAAGAAAUUAUCAAGGCUAUCCGUGAUAUUACUUACAACGGUGUCUCUUGGGAUGAAGGUACUAAGAACUUGAAACCAUUCGUUUCCCAAACAGAAAAUGAUAAUGAAUAA